GCUGCUGGCCAGAAGCUGGAGGGAGAAACAACUCAGCUGUUCUUUCUAGCUCUGAAAUAGAAAAUGUCUGCAGAUGGCGGAGGCAUCCGGGCCACCCAGGACAAGGAGCGAGCCCAGGAGGUCCCAGGCCAUGGGCAUCCUUGUCAGGAAAUGCUUUCUGGGUCAGAGGAGAUGGUGCCUUUGGGAGCCGCUUGGGAGUCACCGCACAUUAAGAUGGAGCCAGAAGAGCCGCACCCCGAGGGGGUGUCGCAGGAGGACAGGGCUCGAGGCACAUGGGGCUGGGCGCCCCUAAGUCAUGGAUCUAAAGAGAAAGCUCUCUUCUUGCCUGGUGGAGCCCUCCCGUCCUCCCGGAUCCCAGUGCUUUCCCGAGAGGGGAGGACCAGAGACCGGCAGAUGGCCGCGGCGCUCCUCACUGCCUGGUCCCAGAUGCCAGUGACCUUUGAGGACGUGGCUCUGUACCUCUCCCGAGAGGAGUGGGGACGGCUGGACCACGCGCAGCAGAACUUCUACAGGGACGUCCUGCAGAAGAGAAACGGGCUGUCCUUGGGGUUCCCCUUCAGCAGGCCUUGCUGGGUCCCCCAAGUCCAGGGCAAGGGCGAGGCCUCGAGCUCAAGCCAGCAGAGAGAUGAGCCGGAGGAGAGAGGCGUGAGCACAGGAGCCCUCGAGGUGGGACAGGAGGAGCUGACCCUGUCUGUGGCAGCCCCUGGGGAUGUGAAGCCCUUCAGAACCAGGGCAGGCCGGGCCCAGGGUGUCCUGCUGUGCCGGCAGCAAGCAGCCAGCGGCCAGAGCUCAGGGCCGGAUGGAGACGCUGGGCAGCCGGGUGCCCCAGAAGACGGGCAGCCAAAUCCAGCCCUGCCGGACACCAGUGCCCUGAAGCCGCGGGAGGGCCACGUCCCAGAGAAACGCAGCGAAGAGGAGAAGGGUACCCUAGAGAGUGGCGAGGAGGGCCUUGCCCCCCACGGCGACGCGGGCAAGAAGACAUACAAGUGCGAGCAGUGCGGCAAGGGCUUCAGCUGGCACUCGCACCUGGUCACGCACCGGCGCACGCACACGGGCGAGAAGCCCUACGCCUGCACGGACUGCGGCAAGCGCUUCGGCCGCAGCUCGCACCUCAUCCAGCACCAGAUCAUCCACACGGGCGAGAAGCCCUACACCUGCCCCGCCUGCCGAAAGAGCUUCAGCCACCACUCGACGCUGAUCCAGCACCAGCGCAUCCACACCGGCGAGAAGCCCUACGUGUGCGACCGCUGCGCCAAGCGCUUCACUCGCCGCUCGGACCUGGUCACCCACCAGGGCACCCACACGGGUGCCAAGCCGCACAAGUGCCCCAUCUGCGGCAAGUGCUUCACGCAGAGCUCGGCGCUGGUCACCCACCAGCGCACCCACACGGGGGUCAAGCCCUACCCGUGCCCCGAGUGCGGCAAGUGCUUCAGCCAGCGCUCCAACCUCAUUGCGCACAACCGCACGCACACGGGCGAGAAGCCCUACCACUGCCUCGACUGCGGCAAGAGCUUCAGCCACAGCUCGCACCUCACCGCCCACCAGCGCACCCACCGCGGCGUCCGGCCCUACGCCUGCCCGCUCUGCGGCAAGAGCUUCAGCCGGCGCUCCAACCUUCACCGGCACGAGAAGAUCCACACCUCGGGGCCCAAGGCCCUGGCCAUGCUGAUGCUGGGGGCGGCAGCGGGGGCUCUGGCUGCACCCCCACCUGCUCCCACCUAGGAGGCCAGGAGGGAGGGGCCGGGGCACCCAGGAACGCUGGGACCCCCGCAGGAGUGGAGGCCCCCGGGAGGAGUGAGAGGGUGUGGGAAGGCAGCUGGGAGGAUCAGGCAUGGGGUGGGGCAAGGCGAUAUGGGAGGGGUGAGGGUGAGGAGGGGCAGACUCUCUAGGUGCACAUUAAAGGCCUUGGACUUCAA